UCCAUCCACGGUAACCUCCUACUUUUUUAAACGAACCUUUGAAAAAACACACCAGGAUGCAGCAUGUUUGGUUCGUUUGCAAAAAUACUUUCCAUCAUAUGCAUAUUAAACAUGCAUUAACACUAAAUUACCGUAUAAUGAUGUUAAAUAAAAUUUUACAAAAAAAGUAACUAUCUAUGUACAAUAUUAUUAAUAUUAAUGAUCUCGCAUGUGUGUAAAUGAAACAGUGAGAGAAGUGGUGUGUUGGCAAUGAUUAGAACGAAAUAGUUCCAUAGCCAAAAUAUAUAUUUUUUGACUUUCCGCAUGUAUUUAAGAAUUUGUUUGGGUAUUUGUUAAGUUUGAACAUUUUUUUAAAUCUCUGGUGAAAUAAAAACGUUAUGUUAACGGUAAAAAAAUAUUACGUGCCGAAACCGUGGUCGCGCAUUAAUAAUGUUAAUAGUCACUUGUUUGUUUUCUCUUUCAGCCGUUUGUCUGCAGUUACGCCAUAUUGCAGUGUGUUUUAAUAUAUUACUGACCGUGAAAUAACGUACAGUUUGUGUUUCAGGAUUUUGUGUUAAUAUUGUGUAUUUUAACUUUGUUAUAUUAUUUAUUAUCUACUAUUGUAAUGAUGGAAUUUGUUAUCGUUUUGAUAUUUUGUGUGGUUCUUGUGAUUGCUGUAAUGGUAAUUGGUUCCGGGAUGGGGAAAGCUACUUCUUCGCAGCGUCAGAUGGACAUCAUUAACGUCGCUCAGAACUUAUAUGUUUUAAUCAGGAAAGGCGACUUGAAGAAAUGUGACGUUACGCAGACGACCGCGUUUCUUCUCAACAUCGCAAAGUCAACUGUUCUCAAGUAAGUAGGCUUUUUUCGUUUUCAUGCACGUAAAAAAAAUAUUGACUGUGUCCUAAGUAUUGUCGGCCUGUGUUUUAACUCACGAGGUUUUUUGUGUUUUAUUUCCAAUUUAUAAUUUUUGGUGUGAGACAACACCGCCAUGUGGCGUCUCUGUUGAAAAGUUAACCUAAAAUCAUAUUAGGCCUACUCAGGUCCUAACAAUAACAAUAUAGGCACUUUCAAGUAUUUUUAUGGGUGUGAUACACGUUUGUUUAUAACGAUGUUUAUAAACUUUAUGAUAGGUUUAACUAUAACAUAAGGGAGUGAUUUUAUAAUUUGCAUUUAAUUAGUUUUUCAUCUGUUUGGGAGAUCACAAAAUAAAUAAAAAAACACUUCAUUAAUUUCGUGGACAAAGUCUGUCAUGUUUCCAUUUAGUGACCACAAAGCAAAUAUUUGUGACAAAAUGCCAUAUUUGGAACACUGCCUAACUGCGUAUUGUGAACGGGUCCCUGGAAAAGUGUUAUGACAAAUGUUUUUUUUUUUUGGUUAGGUACUACAAGAAAGACAUUGAAGAAGUUUCAACACCAGGAAAAAAGAGGAAAAAAAGGCCACAGGAAGGAAAGUCACUUGACACAGUCGACGAUUUCACAGUAAAUGCAAUCAGGAAUGCAAUUUACAGGAUGUACGCUGAAGGUUUGAAUGUUACAGUCGACACCAUUUUGAAAGAAAUCAGGGAAAGACAAAUAGAUUAUUAUGGUGGAAGAUCAAGUCUUCAUAAAUUGUUAAAGAAGAUGGGAUUUUCAUGGACAACUGUUGAUGGACGAAAAGCUUUGAUAGAGAAUGAAAACAUAGUAUUGCAGUGAAUAGAUUUCUUGAGAAAGUAUAAAGAAGAAAAAGAAAGAGGUGCCAAUUUCAUAUUUGUUGAUGAAACAUGGAUUUUCCAGAGAGGCAAGGCAUUAAUUUAUUUGAAAAUUUGUUCUGUGGUCCAAUACAAAGUAUUUCAUUUCCAUUUCAUAUAUUUUUCAGGAACUGUAUCAAAGUCAUGGCAGGACAAGAGUCUACAAUCUGCGAAGAGACGUACUGUUGGAGAUGGUAAAAGGUUUAUUGUUGUUAAUGCUGGAGGGCGCACUGGCUUUGUGCCAGGAGCAGGAUUACUUUUUGUUUCAGGUCAGAAGACUGCAGACUACCAUGGCGAGAUGAAUGGGGAAACUUUCUUGAUGUGGUUUGAAGACAUGUUGGUGCAUCUUGAGGAACCCAGUGUCAUCAUAAUGGACAAUGCUUCAUAUCACAGCACCCAGGUUGAGAAAACACCUACAACGAACUGGACCAAGGAUGCACUGAUCGCGUGGCUGGAGAAGAAUGAGAUAAAACAUGAAAAUAAUUUGUUGAAAGUGGAGCUGCUGAGAAUAGCUAAACAAAACAAGCCCCGAAUACGAUAUGAGGUAGACGAGUUGGCUCGUAACUAUGGCCACGAAAUUCUACGACUCCCACCCUAUCACUGCCACUAUAAUGCAAUCGAACUAGUUUGGGCUCAAUGUAAACACCAUUACAAUAGUAACGUGGGGCGGGCCAAGAGAUUUGACAAUGAUGCAGUUGCAGCCAUCUGGAAAGAGGCUCUUGAUGCUUCCACACCAGAGAGAUGGGCGAGGUGUGUGGAUCACGUGGAGAAGCUAAUUCAAGCAGACUGGGAGAGAGAAGUCCACAUAGACAGCGGCACCAUUCCUCCACUCAUCAUCCACCUCGGCAAGGAUAGUUCAAGUGAAGACAGUGACAGCGAAGAAUUUGAGGUUACGACACAGCAAGUAGAUGGAGACAGUGAAGUACUGGCAGUUCCUCUUGAUGAUUUACCCGAGUGUUCUUAUUGAGGUCUGUAUGUAAUAAACACCUGGGCAACUGUAAGUAUUGGGGUUUGAAACAUUUUUUUUCUUUUAUGCAUUCCCAUUAAGUAUGUUGAUUACUGGAACUUUAUGUAUUAACUUUAUAUUACACAUAUUAUGAUAAAUUUAUAAUAAAUUUCAUUUCUGGAUUCGUAUAGGUGUAUGUGAAACAUUUUAUUUUGUUGUGUGUCUUCAUUUUUCAGUGAACUUACUUGGAAAACAAAAAGCCAGUCCCCAUCCAGGGCCACAAAUAAAUAAUGCAUAUAAGUGGUAUAGAAAUUACUGUCAAUUCUUUACCACAAUUUUACUGUUCAUAAAAUUAUGAUUUUGUCUAAUAAGUAUACUCAGGAAAAUGUAUAUAACCAUAUUUUUAUUUGUGGCCUUAACCGGCAAAAUGGUAGGGGUUUAUUAAAUAAAAGAAGAAAAUUCAUUUUUAAAUGUUUUAAUCUGAAUUUGUUAAUUUUAUUAAACCUUCAAUCCUUAGUCUUUUCCAGAUUGCUUAGAUGGACAGCCAUAUGUAUAAUUUACAAUACUUUUUUUUCAGAUGCAGAAAACUGUGUUGAAC